GUUUCCUCAUUUGACAUAUCGAUCCCUUCGAAUACCUAUUCCAUACGCCGAUUCCAGCAUCACGGAGACGUCGAGAGUAAUAUGUACGACAUACCUCUGAAUAUUUACCGCCACCUACCCUCCGCACGAUCUCAUAUCGAUCCGGGACAUUCCAAUCUACAUGCAACCGUUCUGGGUUAAAGCAUAAUCAUACCACCCCGGUCCCAGGCUUUCAUUCACGCUGGCAUAUACACGAGCCAUUUGGGAUGCAGGAGGCGCAGAUUAGCUAAGAUCAAAGCUUGGCAGGGAAGAACAGAAAGAAUAAAUGAGAGUAUAGCGGUCGUUCUCCCUGCGACCUACGCGUGGUGCCUCGAUGUAGAGGAUUAACUGCUGAACAGACCUCGCAGCAUGUUGAGGCCCAUGUGCAUCGUGGCCAAGGAAUGCUCUACGCUUACCUCCAAAGUCAAUCAAGCCUACUGCAGGCGCCCUCCCAAUCAUCCUGCCGCCGGCUAGACCACCCCGGAGUUCUAAUUUAGGCAACUCAUGUGGUUGCACCCAGUCCAUCACUAGGUUCGAAUACUGCCGAUGCAUCUUGACGAGGACGAGGCCAGUCUUGUAUUCGCUAUAUAGUCGUCGUACUGGGCCGCUACAUGUAGGAGAAUGGAGCAAAAGAUACUUCACUCCUAGUGCCUCAUGAAUUUCAUUUUAUCUCUCCUCUUCAAUCGGGCGGAAUUCGCCGAAGUGUUCCUUCCCAGUACCACCAUCUCGUCCUCGAGGCUUCCGUCCUCCAUGCAGUCUCAGUCGCGUUGCCGAGUGGCACAUGAAUACAAAGCUGAACCCUGAGGCCACUGUCUGGUGACGUUUCUCCUCUGGUUAACCAUUGCCAUGGCCCCGUAUUAUCAGACCGCAAAGUCUUUUGCAGACGUGUCCAUCACCGAAGAAGGAAUCGAUACUGAUUCUUUCCUCAAUGCAUCGGACGACUUCGUUAACAUGUUUGACCUUCUGGGCAAGGGAGUUUUUGGCUUUGUUCAGACAGACCUCAGGAACAAUAUUGCCGGCGUGAGGGAAAGAUAUAAUACCGCUGCUUCUACCUCCACCACUUUGGAGAAUCUAGUGAAAGCUGAGGCUCACGAACAUGACCGCCAUGGCACAGCGUGCUUAGUGCGACUCAUUCGUGGUCUUCUGUUUACGUGUCAAGCACUCCAGAACAUGCAAACCGACAGAGCCUCGGAGCUUCAUGUUUGCUUCAAACGCUCUUAUGAUACUCAUUUGAAGCACCAUCACACGUUUAUCAUCCGUUCGGUUGUUUCUCGUGUUCCUGGGACUAACCAGACUUUGUUUCCGGUUAUAUCGGAUUUUCAGGUCGCCAUUCGAGCCGUCCCUCAUCGCCACGAUUUCUACAACCGAAUCACUCAAGGUAGCCCACACGAGUACUUUGACGAGGAACUAGCCAAGUGGCUGGUGGGUCUACAGAACAUCGUACAACGGAUGAAAACUUUUCUUGAGCAAGGUGGAUACGGAAAGGUAUAAUUCCGCUACAAAGUCCAGCCUUAACAUUGGUCUGGGCUUUCCUGGGUGCAAUUCCAGACACAAGCACCCUACGUAUGAUAUGUUUAUGUCUGUGUGUUCAUGGCAGAGCACUGUCAAGGGCCAUCCAUAUAUGCCAAGUCUUGCUCCACCCUAAGUGAUUCUUUUCGGACAUGUGGCUCAUACAAGUUUGAUGUACCGAACGCUAUUGGCUAGACUUGAGGAGCAUUUUCAUUCCGUGUUGCAGGAAGUUUGGACAUGUGGACCUCGAGCAGUCUCGAACGUAGCCCUUUGAAGUCGAUGUCCCGCAUGUUCUAGGUGUUCUCUCAUUGGUCUUACACAAUCCUCUUCCAGCUGGGUGACAUAAGUAAGCUCCAGGCAAAGAUCCUUCCGCAGUGAUCUUACUCGCCAUAGUGGAAAUACACAUCCCACGGAGAA